UUUGCGCGCUGCUCUGUGCGGUUGUGUUUAGCGGCGAGUAACGAAUACGAACAAAAUACCAAUAACAUUAAUCAUUAAGCGCACACACACACACAUAACAUAACAGUUGCAAGCAAUUGCAAAGUGAACUUAACUAAAUUUGUGCCGUUAUAGCCGAGUUUACAUUUUGCGGAAAUUUGCGGAAAAGCGAGUACCCGAAAGAAAGCGAGAGAGAGAGAGAGAGUUAGUGACAACGAAUUUUUGUAAUGAAUUAAAUGAAACAAAAGGAUCGCGUCAACAGUGUGAAUAUCAAAGAAUCAAUUAAUAACACAACUCAACGCAACGCAUCGCGAUCGCCCACACGCACUCGUUUAAUUUAUGCGCCGAGCUAAUUAAUCAAUUUGUUGAAGUGUUGCAUGCGACGACAAGCACAAGAGGAACAAAGAAAGCAACAAUAACAACAACAAUUCAAGCAAUUGCGGUUGUUGCAGUUCAUUGAUCUACUACGUCUCUCAACGCACAGUCACAAUUUACAUUGCGCAGUUGUUAUUACAACUUCAGUCACGACUUGAAGUUCAAAGUGCGCCCUAGACACAACAACAUCGACAGACAACAAUCGUAUCUGCAUCUACAUUAUCUACAAUAACAACAACAACAACAAACAACAGCUACAACAUGUCCAACACCUGCCAAAGCUACGCAUCCGUGUUCAUAGUGAUGGGCACAUUGCUGUCCAUACUGAUGGCAGCACAAAGUGUCCCAGUUUCAACGACAACACAGGCCGAGAUCUACUUGUCGCAGUUCGGCUAUUUGCCCGCCUCGGCACGUAAUCCGGCCAACAGUGGACUCCAGGACAAGCACACCUGGGUCAGUGCCAUACAAGAGUUCCAGAACUUUGCCGGCCUCAAUAUCACCGGCGAACUGGAUGAGGAGACUAUGAAAUUGAUGUCGCUGCCACGUUGUGGUGUGAGAGAUCGUGUCGGCACCGGCGACAGUCGCUCCAAGCGUUAUGCACUCCAGGGCAGUCGCUGGCGUGUCAAGAGUCUCACCUAUCGCAUCUCCAAGUAUCCCAAGCGUUUGAAGCGCAACGAUGUCGAUGCGGAAAUUGCGCGCGCCUUUGCCGUGUGGAGCGAGGAUACGGAUCUAACUUUCACCAGGAAGACAUCGGGACCAGUACAUAUUGAAAUCAAAUUCGUGGAGAGCGAGCACGGUGAUGGCGAUGCCUUCGAUGGCCAAGGCGGCACUUUGGCCCACGCCUUCUUCCCCGUCUUUGGUGGCGAUGCGCAUUUCGACGAUGCCGAACUCUGGACCAUUGGCUCACCACGCGGCACCAAUCUCUUCCAGGUGGCUGCCCAUGAAUUCGGUCACUCGCUCGGCUUGUCGCAUUCCGAUCAGAGCUCCGCUUUAAUGGCGCCCUUCUAUCGCGGCUUUGAGCCCGUCUUCAAAUUGGACGAGGAUGACAAGGCGGCCAUCCAAUCGCUAUACGGACGCAAGACCAACCAGUACACACCCACCAACACCUAUCCGGCACCCAGCACGCAGCGUCCCUCGUUCACGCCACCCAAGGUGCCACUGGACGAUUCCAUUUGCAAGGACUCCAAGAUCGACACGUUGUUCAACUCGGCGCACGGUGAUACAUAUGCCUUCAAGGGUGACAAAUACUACAAGCUGACCACGGAUGCUGUUGAGGAGGGUUAUCCACAGCUCAUCUCGAAGGGCUGGCCAGGAUUGCCGGGCAACAUUGAUGCUGCCUUUACGUACAAGAAUGGCAAGACGUACUUCUUCAAGGGCACACAGUACUGGCGUUACCAGGGCAGCCAAAUGGAUGGUGAUUACCCCAAGGAGAUCAGCGAAGGUUUCACAGGCAUUCCCGAUCAUCUGGACGCAGCGAUGGUGUGGGGCGGCAAUGGCAAGAUCUACUUCUUCAAGGGCAGCAAAUUCUGGCGCUUCGAUCCCGCCAAACGGCCGCCAGUGAAGGCCAGCUAUCCCAAGCCCAUCUCGAACUGGGAGGGUGUGCCAAACAAUUUGGAUGCAGCACUGCGAUACACCAACGGUUACACGUACUUCUUCAAGGGCGAUAAAUACUAUCGCUUCCACGAUGCACGAUUUGCGGUGGAUACGGCCACACCGGCAUUCCCUAGGCCAACGGCACAUUGGUGGUUCGGCUGCAAGAACACGCCAUCGUCUACAGGUAAUAUUGUUGAAGACGAUCAGGUCGAAUCGGAGCAGCAUUCGCAGCUUCAUACCGAUACGGAUGGUAAUGGUGAUCUUGACCUGGACGCAGGCUUUAAUAAGAGACGCGGAUAAAAUGAAACGAAACAGAACAAUUAACAACAACAACCCGCCACACUCAAAACAUAAUAAAACGAAAAGAAAAGCAAUAACAACGAACACACAAAAACGAAAAACCAAAAACAAAGUAACGCGCGCAUAUCGCAAUAAGCAAAUCGAAAGCUUUACCACACCCGCUGCUGGCAAUGAACUUCUCCUGCUUUUGCUUCUUUUUAUUCUUCCUCCCACUUACUCUCGCCCCUUUCUUACUCUCUCGCUCACGCUCUGUCUACCGCUAUGACACAAAAAGCCACCCCCAAGUCGGUGUGUGCGUGUGCUUGGCUCUUUGUACUUAUAUGUAUGUGUAUGUAGUUGAUCGUACCGAUUAGUAGCUAUCGUUUAUGUUAUCGCUUGCUAUCGUAUUGCAAAUUCAAUCAUGUAGUUACGUCACAAUACGCACAGACCCCACAGUAGAUGAUGCACUACGUAGUGAUGAAACCGCUUCAAAUUAUCGUCUUUGCUGAAUUGUUAUUUAUGCGAUUAUCAUUUUUUCCCCCCAAUUUUUCUUUAUUACAUAUCUUUCAUUUCAUUUAUUUUGGGUGU